AUGUCUGCCAACAGGGAAGAACUGAAGAAAACCAACCCGAAAAAGAACUACAAGGAAAUUUGCUUGGAACUGACACAAGUAAAUGAUCACAAAGGACUUAAACAAGAAGGGCUAUUCGUCAAAAAAGGGAUGACCCAGGAGCUGAAGAAUGAACUCAGGGAGGUGAGAGAAGAACUCAAGGAAAAGAUGGAAGAGAUAAAGCAGAUAAAGGACAUAAUGGACAAAGAUUUUGAUAAGCUUCAUGAAUUUGUGGAAAUUAUGAAGGAAAUGCAGAAGGAUAUGGAUGAAAAGAUGGAUGUUUUAAUGACUAUACAGAAGAACAACAAAUUUCCCCUUCAAAAACAACCAAAGGAGCAGCAGGAACUUGGGCAGAUAGAAAAGACGGACAAAGAUCCCCAGCUCAGACCCAAGAAAAUGGAAGAACCUGACAGAGUAUCAUUGACUAGCGAUAAGACAAUGAUGUCACCAAAAACAAAGACUAAUCCACCGGAUCCCCUUCAUUCGUGUCAGAGUUGCUGCGAGAAAUGUUUGUUGUGUGCCCUAAAGAACAACUGCCAUCGGGGCAGGAGACCUUCACACCAUGCCUGGGCGCCCUUUUCACCUUUGUCAUCUGGAGCUGCUUUCUGA